GGUUAGAGUACUGGUAAAUACAAAGUAUUUGCCUGAAUUCUAUCAAAGCUUGGUCAGUAAAUUAACCUUUUUGUGUUUGUUUAUUUUUCAGCUGGUUGGUGGAGAAUUCGAUUUAGAGAUGAACUUUAUAAUCCAGGAUGCAGAAAGUAUAACAUGCAUGUCAGAACUCUUAGAGCACUGUGAUGUAACAUGUCAAGCAGAAAUUUGGAGUAUGUUCACCGCCAUCCUUCGUAAAAGCGUACGCAAUUUACAGACCAGCACAGAAGUUGGUUUAAUCGAACAAGUGCUACUGAAGAUGAGUACUGUGGAUGAUAUGAUUGCAGAUCUGCUCGUUGAUAUGUUGGGGGUACUUGCCAGCUACAGCAUUACUGUCAAGGAGUUGAAGCUUUUGUUCAGCAUGCUUCGUGGUGAAAAUGGAAUCUGGCCUAGACAUGCAGUCAAGCUUUUGUCAGUCCUUAAUCAGAUGCCACAGAGACAUGGUCCUGAUACUUUUUUCAACUUCCCAGGCUGCAGUGCUGCAGCAAUUGCAUUGCCUCCUAUUGCCAAGUGGCCUUACCAAAAUGGAUUUACGCUGAACACCUGGUUUCGCAUGGAUCCAUUGAACAAUAUUAAUGUAGAUAAGGAUAAACCGUAUCUUUAUUGUUUUCGCACUAGUAAAGGUGUUGGAUACUCUGCUCAUUUUGUCGGCAAUUGCUUAAUAGUUACGUCAUUGAAGUCAAAAGGCAAAGGUUUUCAACACUGUGUAAAGUAUGAUUUCCAGCCUCGUAAGUGGUACAUGAUUAGCAUUGUACACAUCUAUAAUCGCUGGAGAAAUAGUGAAAUCCGCUGUUAUGUGAAUGGUCAACUGGUAUCCUAUGGUGAUAUGGCUUGGCAUGUGAACACAAACGAUAGCUAUGAUAAAUGCUUUCUGGGAUCAUCUGAAACUGCUGAUGCAAAUAGAGUUUUUUGUGGUCAACUUGGAGCAGUAUAUGUAUUCACAGAAGCUUUGAAUCCAGCACAGAUAUUUGCAAUACAUCAGUUAGGACCUGGAUAUAAGAGUACUUUCAAAUUUAAGUCUGAAAGUGACAUUCAUCUGGCAGAACAUCACAAACAAGUUCUGUAUGAUGGGAAACUUGCAAGUAGUAUUGCCUUCACUUACAAUGCCAAGGCUACGGAUGCUCAGCUCUGCCUUGAAUCUUCACCAAAGGAAAAUCCUUCAAUUUUUGUACACUCCCCCCAUGCUCUUAUGCUUCAGGAUGUGAAAGCAAUUGUGACUCAUUCAAUCCACAGUGCAAUUCAUUCAAUAGGAGGAAUCCAAGUUCUUUUCCCUCUCUUUGCUCAGUUAGAUAAUCGGCAAUUACAUGAUAGUCAAGUGGAAACAACAGUCUGUGCUACUCUCUUGGCUUUCUUGGUGGAACUUCUUAAGAGUUCUGUUGCCAUGCAAGAGCAAAUGCUGGGUGGAAAAGGAUUCCUGGUUAUUGGCUAUCUCCUGGAAAAGUCAUCCAGAGUUCAUAUAACAAGAGCUGUGCUGGAACAGUUUUUGUCGUUUGCGAAAUAUCUGGAUGGACUCUCGCAUGGAGCACCAUUGCUAAAGCAGUUAUGUGAUCAUAUCCUUUUCAACCCUGCUAUUUGGAUACAUACUCCUGCAAAGGUGCAGCUUUCACUGUAUACCUACUUGUCUGCUGAAUUCAUUGGCACUGCUACAAUCUACACAACAAUACGUAGAGUAGGGACAGUAUUACAGCUAAUGCACACACUGAAAUACUACUACUGGGUGGUUAAUCCUGCAGAUAGCAGUGGCAUUACUCCUAAAGGUCUGGAAGGUCCUCGGCCAUCACAGAAGGAAAUAAUAUCUUUAAGAGCGUUCAUGCUUUUAUUUUUGAAACAGCUUAUCUUGAAGGAUCGAGGAGUCAAAGAAGAUGAACUACAAAGUAUAUUGAAUUACUUGUUAACGAUGCAUGAGGAUGAAAAUAUUCAUGAUGUACUUCAAUUGCUUGUGGCUUUAAUGUCUGAACAUCCAGCAUCUAUGAUACCUGCCUUUGAUCAACGAAAUGGGAUACGAGUGAUUUAUAAGUUAUUAGCCUCCAAAAGUGAGAGCAUCUGGGUGCAGGCGCUGAAGGUACUGGGAUAUUUUCUGAAACAUCUAGGACAUAAGCGUAAAGUUGAAAUUAUGCAUACACACAGUCUGUUCACUCUUCUUGGAGAGAGGUUGAUGUUGCAUACUAAUACUGUGACCAUUACAACUUACAACACACUUUAUGAGAUUUUGACUGAACAAGUGUGUACGCAAGUUGUUCAUAAACCACACCCAGAACCAGAUUCUACUGUGAAAAUUCAGAAUCCAAUGAUCCUUAAAGUGGUGGCCACUUUAUUAAAGAAUUCUACACCAAGUGCAGAAUUGAUGGAAGUUCGGCGUUUGUUUUUAUCAGACAUGAUAAAACUUUUCAGUAAUAGCCGUGAAAACAGAAGAUGUCUUCUUCAGUGUUCAGUGUGGCAAGACUGGAUGUUUUCUCUUGGCUAUAUUAACCCUAAGAAUUCAGAAGAACAGAAAAUUACUGAGAUGGUGUAUAACAUCUUCCGGAUUCUUUUGUACCAUGCAAUAAAGUAUGAAUGGGGAGGAUGGAGGGUCUGGGUUGAUACUCUUUCCAUAGCUCAUUCCAAGGUCACCUAUGAGGCUCAUAAGGAGUACCUAGCAAAAAUGUAUGAGGAGUAUCAAAGGCAAGAAGAAGAGAACAUAAAGAAGGGGAAGAAGGGGAAUGUGAGCACUAUCUCAGGCCUUUCAGCUCAGACCACUGGAGCGAAAGGUGCAAUGGAGAUUCGUGAAAUAGAAGACCUUUCACAAAGCCAAAGUCCUGAAAGUGAAACAGACUAUCCUGUUAGUACAGAUACUAGGGAUUUGCUCAUAGCAACAAAAGUAUCUGAUGAUGUCAUUGGAACUGCAGAUAGACCAGGGGGUGGUGUACAUGUUGAGGUUCAUGAUUUAUUAGUGGACAUAAAAGCAGAAAAGGUAGAAGCCACUGAAGUAAAACUGGAUGAUAUGGAUCUAUCACCAGAGACUUUGGUAACUAGAGAGAAUGGUGCUCUCGUGGAAGUAGAAUCCUUACUGGACAAUGUAUAUAGUGCUGCAGUUGAAAAACUUCAGAAUAAUGUUCAUGGUAGUGUUGGCAUAAUUAAGAAAAGUGAAGAAAAGGACAAUGGCCCCUUGAUAACACUAGCUGAUGAAAAAGAUGAGCCCUCCACCAAUACCUCAUUUCUUUUUGAUAAAAUUCCAAGCCAAGAAGAUAAAUUAUUGCCUGAGUUAUCCAGCAAUCACAUUACUAUUGCAAAUAUUCAAGAGGCUCAAAUGCACCUUGCUGUGAAUGAUGACCUUGGACUUCUUGCUCACAUGGCUGGCAGUGCUGACAUAGCAUGCACCUCAAGUAUAAUAGAGGAUAAGGACUUCAAGAUUCAUACGUCUGUAGAUGCAAUGAGUGCCCUGUCUGAAAGAGAACUAGCAUCAUCAUCAAAGGGAUUGGAAUAUACUGAAAUGGCUGCUACAGCCCUUGAGACUGAAUCUUCUGGUGCUAAAACUGUACCGAAUGCAGAUGCAGGAAGUAUCAUAUCAGAUACGGAAAGAUCUGAUGAUGGGAAAGAAGUAGGGAAGGAAAUAAGAAAAAUACAAACAACCACUACAACCCAGGCUGUGCAAGGUCGUUCUAUUACACAGCAAGAUAGAGACCUGCGUGUUGAUUUGGGUUUUCGAGGAAUGCCAAUGACAGAGGAGCAGAGACGACAGUUUAGUCCAGGUCCACGUACAACAAUGUUUCGUAUUCCAGAGUUUAAAUGGUCCCCAAUGCAUCAGAGGCUAUUGACUGACCUGCUUUUUGCUUUAGAAACAGAUGUGCAUGUUUGGAGAAGCCAUUCUACAAAGUCUGUUAUGGAUUUUGUCAACAGCAAUGAAAAUAUUAUUUUUGUACAUAAUACUAUCCACCUCAUUUCCCAAAUGGUAGACAAUAUUAUCAUUGCCUGUGGAGGAAUUCUACCUUUGUUGUCUGCAGCAACAUCUCCAACUGUAGGUACAAUAUUUCCAUCUAGUGGAUAAAUUGUAAAUUGCAUGUUGAGAAUGUGUUGAUAAUAUGCUUUUCAUAUACAUUUUCUAAAAAAGAAAAAAAAUGCAGGGUUAAAAAAACUCAUUCUUUUAAACUAUUGUCUAUUUUAUAUGCAUCAUUUAUAUGUCCAAAAAUCCUCAAGUACAAAACAACCUCUCUUUUGUUUGACCAUAUUUUUGGUGAGAUAUGUUAAGAAACACUUUCUCAUCAAGGACGGGGAGGUUUGUGAAUAUUGUUUACCACUCUAACUGACUAGUUUUUCAUUCCAGUAAGACUAGAUCCACCGAACAUAAUGAAACCUGAUUAAUGUUUUAAAUGUAAAUACCAUUGAAUAACUGAGUAUACUUCAAUUGGGAUUUACAAUUGAAUUGUAUUUAAAUUCUUUUAUGGUCUGACCCAGGAAAGAAAAUUCUCUUGACCUUUAAUUUGUUUUGCUGUUAAGGGUGUGAUCAAUAGUCAUAAUAAAGGAAAAUGUGUUCCCUGGGCAACUUGCACAUAGCAUUUCCUGGUGAUAAAAAUUCAUUAGACUUAAAAUGUUCCGAGACAUGUGAAAAGAAAAGCUGGUUUUCUUCAUCGUUCCUCGAUGAGCCAAAUAAUAUAAGGAAAUUUGAUUUUUUAAGUAAAGGCUGGGUGGAAGAUAGAUUGCAUACUUAAAAAGCAAUUAUAAAGUACACUGUUCAGCUUGUUGCACAGAAAGAACUGGCUUAACAUGGAGUAAGAGGUUUUUCUUACAUUUGUAAAUGAAUGUGCAAUGGCAUGAAGGAGAGUUGUUGUUGUUUUUUCCUCUUAAAAGGUUACCAGUAUUCAGUGUGUUAUUUUAAGCACUCCCAAUGAAAGUGCAUUUUUUCUUUAUUUAGCAGCAAAUCAUGUUAGUUAUAUAGUAUUAUAAACAGCAUAGAUUCGAAAGUGGCCUAAGUCACGUAACAACAACAACAACAAUAACAACAUUUAUAACCUGCCCUCACUCAUCGAAGGGACUUAGGGCAGUUUAUUAGAACAUGUAGUUCUAAUAAGGAUGCAGAUCCAGUUACAAUUUUUUUGGAGAUCCUAGGUUUUGAAAUUUGCUUGAAAAUGUAGGAACAUUUCAAAGUAAACACAGCUGCUAUGUGGGUAAUGAAUGUUGUUAGAUGUUGCUUUCUCAGCCAAAUUACUGACACAGUACAUUUCAUAGUAUUACAGCUGAUCUGUAAAUGCUCUGCUGUGGCAGUUUUGCCUUGUUGAAGAGAAUACUCUUUGGGAAAUUAUUCAUAACGUGUUGCAAAGUUCAGCUGUUGACUGAGACAUGUUUAAAAUUGAAACCGUGAAAAUAAAAAAAACCAGAGGAUUCUGUAUUUCAAAAUGUGUGAUAAUGGUACCCAACUUAAAUACAUUCAAACUUAAUACUCAUGUGUAAGAGUGCAGUUGAGGUCAGUUGGUGGUGUUUGCAAAUGCAGAUGUUUUUUCAUUGCAUGAAUUCUUUCAACAUGCUGUGAAAAACCAUCUGCAUUUAAUUAUCCCAAACAAUGUAGAAUUUCAAUUUUUGUCAUUCAACUUCCAAUAUUUAUUGUCUUAUAUGUCUAAUACAUAACUUAAUUGCAUAUAUUAAACUAUAAUGGCAUGCAAUUUGAUGUUUAAUUUAGUGCUUUCACUUUUACAUCACUUUUUAAAAUUAAAAUAUUCAACUUAUAAACUAAAAUGUUUUAUAAUAGUAGUUUCAAUUUGCAUUGUAUUUUCAUUUGACUGUAAUUUUUCUUUUUCUUUUUGUUAUAUUCUGUUGUCUGCCUUGUCUGAUUCAUGCCAAGGGUUCUAAGGUUAGUAUAUCCACUACAAGUUUCAGUUCCUAGAUUUUGGAAUUUACUUUAUUUUUUGCUUAUUUUUAUUUAGUCAGGCUUCUAAAAUGAAAUGAAUAUUUUAUAUAUACCAUGAAAUUAUUUGUGCUUACUAUACCAUAAUUAUGUUUGACUAAAACUAGAGAUAACAUCUACAAAAUAGUGUUGCAUGCAGUUUUUUGAUCCAUGCAUCACAAUAUGUGACUACCUACUGUUCACUUUGCACCUCUAUUGUGCUUCUUCCCACAAGAUUUGAGUAGGGCAGUACUAUUCUCAAGUGGUUGUUCAGGGACAAGUAAUGCCUCCUAGCAUAUUGGCUGCUGCUCCAAAGAGUUUCCAGGAAAGAGAGUACCUACCUAGCACGUUGGGGGAAAACCCUGCUCGUCUUCCACAUCAACUAGCUUAAGAAGCACAUCUGUACAGCAUUUCCAAAUAAUAAAGUAGUUCUUUGUGUGCUGUUUCCCCACUGCACACUGUGGCACAGUAUAUGUAGGAAUCCUGAAGGAUCUCCUCUUUCAGGAUUAGACUAAACUUCGGCCGAAUUAUAUUGGAAUCUUUUUGGAGACUUGUCUUCCAAAUGCCCCCAUAAUUUUUGAACACCAAAAUUAUCUGGAUUAAUGUGUGAGUAAUACACGUGGGUUAAUCCAUAGUGCUAGAAGAUCAGGGAAAGAGUCUAAAGUGUAGAGAGGGAUCAUGUUUAGGAAUUGCAUUCAUUCACUGAGUGGUUGUCCGCAUAUAGUAAUCCUACUCACAGACAAGGAAAAUCUUAGACAGACAAGGGAAAUCUUUUUGGAAGCCUGAAGGAAGGCAAUUAUUUAAUAUCUCUAUGAGAACUGAAUGUGUUACAUUAGCAUGCAGUUACAGAUGAUAGUUGGGACUGGGAGAGAUGGAAAUGUGGGACGGAGUGCACAUUUGGAUUUCAAUUUCAAGUAACUGGGAACCUAUCUCAGAAAACUGUUGAAAGUCCCACUUAUACGCAUCCAGAUUUCAAAACUUUUUACAGUAGUUUGUCUGCAUCUCUACCAGUGCUACUCCUUUUACAGCAAAAA